AUGUACUUUUCUAGGCACUUUGUAACUUCUGCAAAACUAUUUCAACAGGUCAAUAAUCACCUCAAUAAAAGUAAAAUCUAUGCUUCCGCCAUGUCGCACAGUGUAAAUACCUCCGUAACAGAUCAACAAAAUGAUAUGUAUUUUGGAACUGAAGCCAUCAAUAGAGUAUCGUUUUUAAGAGAAGAUACAGAAUUUAUUUGUAAUUCCAUAAAACAUCCAGCUGCUAGAUUUAUUGCAUUUUCCAAAACUAAUCCUCUAAUUAACAAAUCAUUAAAGGAAAAAUUAUUAGUUUUCACCAACGGUGAUAAUCAAAUUGGUAGCAAGAAGGGUCUAGCAACAAGUUCGGAUGGGAGAAUUGUUGAAAACACUUGGACAACUGCUGUACAUAACUGGUGCGAAGAUAAUAGAAAUGAGUCCGCCGAUUUGAGAUCGCAUGGAAAACCGGUUUUUUUGUUCUUGGGGUUAGAGGAUGAGAGUGUAGGGUUGAAGUUGAGUGACUUGAAGGCUGAAGAGUUGGAGCAGGAACACCUGGACAUACCUUGCGACGAAAAAUAUUUAGAUCAUCAGGGUAGAUACCAAGGGAUACCAUAUUUUGCAGUAGAUGUAACAGCUAGUCCAGAGAUUGAAGAAUUUUUAUUAGCACAGGGCCAACUUCAAGGUGGGCUGCCAACUGGCGAAGGGACUGGAGACGAUUCUCCGGUAUUCUUCACUCGAUCAAGAAAGCACUACCUUGGGUUCACUCAUAAGGAGGCUGCUCUUUAUUCCCAUGGUAAGAUGUUUUUGGAUUGGUUGAGUAGAAACUUGUUUUGUCCUGGUUGUGGUACCAAGACAAUCCCAAUUCAUGCCGGUGGGAAGUUAAAAUGUACGAAUACAAAGACUACCAUAAAGAGAGAUCAGGAAGUCUCUAUAUGCCCAGUGAAAAGUGCUUCAGUGUCCAAUGUUUCUUUUCCCAGAACUGAUGCCUGCGUAAUUACUGCUAUAACUUCAUCCGAUAGAUCGAAAAUUCUCCUUUCACUUUCCAAACGUCAUGCGGUCACCAAAAUGUAUGCCUGUACCGCUGGUUUUAUGGAACCUUCAGAAACUGUUGAAGUAGCCACCAAGAGAGAGAUAUGGGAAGAAACCGGGGUGGUAUGCAACAAAAUCAACAUUAUAAUGACGCAGCCAUGGCCAUUCCCAGGCAAUUUGAUGAUUGGAUGUCUUGCUGUAGUUGACUUCAACGGAGAAAAUGAAGUUAUUCAUUUGGACAAUGACAAAGAAUUGGCUGAUGCUAGAUGGUUUGAUACUGAAUUGAUCAGAAAAUGGAUUUAUGAGAACAACAACAUAGACAACCCGGAAGGGAUCUUGUUGCCAAACCCAGAGUCUAUAGCCUUUCUGUUAAUCAAAAUGGCUGUUGAUCAACGCCAGCAAAAGCUUUAA